AUGCCAAAAGUUGUGAGGAUAAAUGAUUGGGAUGAAGAGGAGAGGCCACCACUAGAGGAUGACGGGAAGAAGAGGCCGCCACCAGGUAGCAGAAAGGGGAAGGCCCCGAAGAAGGGGAAGAAGGCGCCGCCGGCAGUAAAGACAAGAACCUCUUCCCGAAAGAGAUCACCAGAGGGAGAAGGCGGCGCCAGUGGCACGGAGGAGGAGCCGUCAGAGGCGUCUGAUGCCGAUUCCCAUUCGUCCAAGUCCACGUCCAAGUCCUCUUCCUCGUCGGCGUCCACGUCGCGGCGAGCCGUUGGAGUGCCCAUAGAGGAGAUUACCCCAGAGCAAAUGCAAGAGAUAGCAGAGUUCUACGAGGGACACCCUAUGUACUACGAUGUUGGGCAUGAGAACCACAAAAACACGAAGUUGAAGGACUGGACUCUGGACAAGUUUAGCGAACAGAUCGGGCUUUCUGUCCAAGCCAUACAGAGGCACUUCACAAGUUGCCGUACCGAACAUUUCAAGCUCAAGAACAGACCCAAGAGUGGCAAGAGUGGAUCCUGGGCAGCCCCCCUUACGUCACUCCAGAAGUUCAAGCUGAAGGCGUAUGAGUUUCUGGACGCCCAUCACAUAUUGCUUAGUCGUGAGACACGAACGCAGUAA